AUGUAUCAACCAAGUAUCGCACUUUGUUUCGCAUUUCUGCUUGCUGCUUCGUCCUCAGAAUUUCUAGACAAUUUUGCGAAUUACAGUAAGCAAAACGACAACUCGAUAGUGCAGUUUGACCUUUACGUAGAUCGUCCUACGAAAUAUCAAAACGAAGAAAUAAAUUUAACACAGUGCAAUUCACACGAGAAUUCUAUGAAGAAUAACGAUGAAAUGCAAUAUGAAUCCUGUAUCAAUUCUACAAAGAGUAAUUGCGAGAACAAUUCGGUGCAAUACGAUCACCAUCGUGAACAUACACUAAAAAAUCAUGAAGAGAAUAAUCAGACAUACAUGGAGCCCUCCAUAAAUUCGACAGAGAUCAAUGAUCCCAUGUUACAAAAAAUUAAUGAUAAUUUCACGAAAGUUGAAGACAAGAACAAUUCCACAUCGUACGAACUCCACAGAAAUCCCAAUAAAAUAUUUAAAAUUCCCUUUGUUCAGUAUGAAGCGUGCUGUGACAAUCUUACUUGCAUUCAGCUCUGUUGUCCUUUUGCUAAUAACUUGACGGCAGAUGGACAAUGCGUCCACCAUGGACAGAAAAAUUUCACUUUUCCAAAAAUGUACAAAGACGAGAACAAUUCCAAGGAAACAUUGGACGAACUUUUUUUGAUUGUUCGCGAUCCAUGCGUCGAAGGUGGAUUUGGACGACGUCUGCUUGAUCACAAUACACAUUUGUUUCUAAUCAAUGGCUCUUUGUACCAAGAUGAUGGCACAAUAAUUUCACCAACGUCUUAUUGCUUUGCCAUUUUGCAUCGGAACGUGUAUGAUGCGUUCUUCUGCACUGAUGAACAUACUAAAUUUGCCACAUAUGAAUCCACGUUCCUCCUAGUGUCAACGCCGUUUUUACUGCUGACGUUCAUAAUAUAUUCCGUAUUGCCAGAAUUCCGAAAUGUGCAUGGUUAUACGGUGCGUGCAUACGUGAGUUCAGUAUUCAUCACAAACGCGAUUACGUACGUCGACGAACGAAUUCCUAAUUUAGCUGAAAAAAACUAUUGCGUUGUAUUAGCAUAUAUUUACAACUUCUUCUUUUUAUCGAGUUUUCUUUGGCUAAAUGUAACAUGCUUCGACCUUUGGUGGGCGUUUAGAAAACUCCGUUUGCAUCGAACAAAAGCAAAGCAUGAUAAAAAGAAGCUUAUACUGUAUUCGAUGUAUGCAUGGGGAAUCACCAUCAUUUUUAACGUUGUCUGUGUCGUCAUGGAUAAUGCCCCCGGACUAUCGAAAGAUUUGAUCCGACCAGAAAUUUGCGUAGAUAAAUUUUGGUUCAGUAAAUCUGAAGCAAAAAUAUUAUAUUUUUUCAUACCCGUAGGUGUUAUUGUUAUCAGUAAUAUUAUUUUUUUCAACCUGACAACACUGACGAUUCUAUACCAGAAAAUACGUACAGCUUAUCAGUUGAAAGAUUUGGAGAGUAACCGUCAUGACAGAAAUAAACAAAGGUUCAAUAUGUACUUCAUGCUGUUCAUAGUGAUGGAAAUAUGUUGGGUUUUGGAGAUAUUAUCGUGGUGUUUCGUAAUUGACAUACCAACAUUCUUCUGGUAUACCGUCGACAUAAUAAAUUCUUUGCAAGGUGCCAUCAUUUUUAUCAUAUUAGUGUGUACAAAGAGGAUCAAGCAAAUGCUACUAAUACGAUUUGGCGAGCUGAGUUGCAAUCCAUUCAAGAUUUUAUCAAAUAACAGCGUAGCCUCGAUUACUACCUCCUCUACAACGGAAUCGAGAACAAUAUCCAUGCAACAAGUCGGUUCCCCUAAUUAA